GAGAGAGAGUGAGCUCCAGGCAGGGGGAAGAGAGAGAAAGUGGGUGUGGUAAUAGAGAGAUAGCAUACAAGUAGGGAGAAGCAGAUCAGGUAAUAGCAGAGGGUAGAGAGAGAGAGUAAUAAAAGACAGUACAGGUUCGGGGACGAGAAAAUCGGUUAAAAAAGUACAGAGUGAUAACAAAGAGGUGAGAGAAAGUAUGGAGUGAUAAAGUGUGGAAAAUUUUCAAAGGAAUAGGUGAAGAGGGUUACCAGUAACCACCUGUUCCACAAAGAAUUGUUUCACUGUACAUUCAUCCCUCCAUUUUUUAGUUUUUUGAAGAUUUGGGGCUUUUGCGGCAGUUUAUCUGCCGCACCUGUUCUUAAGAAAGCUGUACCUGUAUUUUCUCGAAGAUCUAGUGAUUUUCCGGCAGAUAAACUGCCGGAAAAUGAAGGUUUUAAAGGGGUUUGGAGGAACACGUGGGGCAUCCAGAAAUGCUGGACUCUGAUAGGGAUGUUGAUGGACGAGAUAAUCAAACUAAAAUGUUGGGUUUCAACAAUAGCUGUUGUUGAGGUACUAUUAGUGAUCUUGAUAGUGACCGUUCACUCCUACUCUGAUGAUGGGUGGGUGAAGCGGCCAUCCUUGGAGUCAGGAACAAACGAUGGGUUAACCCAUUCGUGCAUCCAUGAUGAGAUAUUGCAUCAGAGGCGUCGCCCUGGUCGCAAGGAGUAUACGGUAACUCCUCAAGUAUAUAAGGAGUCGAGUAUCCACGAAAUCCAUAGAAAAGGUCGGAGCUUGUUGGGGACUUCUCAAUCCCAACAAGAAGUGAGACAACCGAUAAGGAUAUACUUGAACUAUGAUGCAGUUGGACAUUCUUCUGAUCGAGAUUGUCGAGGCAUUGGUGACAUUGUGAAGCUUGGUGAGCCUCCAGUACCGUCAGUUCCUGGCACGCCUGUUUGCAAUCCUCAUGCAGAUCCUCCAGUUUUUGGUGAUUGCUGGUACAAUUGCACUGCAGAAGAUAUAUCUGGGGACGAUAAGAAGCAUAGGCUUCGAAAGGCUCUAGGGCAAACAGCAGAUUGGUUCAGAAGGGCACUAGCAGUGGAGCCUGUGAAGGGACAACUCCGGUUAAGUGGGUACUCUGCUUGUGGCCAAGAUGGCGGGGUACAACUUCCUCGAGAAUAUGUUGAAGAGGGUGUGGCUGAUGCUGACCUUGUACUCUUGGUAACCACAAGACCAACAACGGGCAAUACGCUUGCCUGGGCAGUGGCCUGUGAACGCGAUCAGUGGGGUCGUGCAAUUGCUGGACAUGUGAAUGUAGCCCCUCGUCACCUUACUGCUGAAGCAGAAACUCUUCUUUCAGCAACAUUGAUACAUGAGGUCAUGCAUGUUUUAGGUUUUGAUCCUCAUGCCUUUGCACAUUUUCGUGAUGAGAGGAAACGGAGGCGCAACCAGGUCACUUCACAGAGUGUGGAUGAAAAGCUUGGACGGAUGGUGACCCGUGUGGUCCUUCCACGUGUUGUCAUGCAUUCGAGAUAUCAUUAUGGGGCCUUCUCUGAGAACUUCACUGGCUUAGAGCUGGAAGACGGAGGAGGGAGGGGUACAUCAGGUUCUCAUUGGGAGAAAAGACUUUUGAUGAACGAAAUCAUGACUGGGUCUGUGGAUACAAGAUCAGUGGUCUCAAAAAUGACUCUUGCUUUGUUGGAGGAUAGUGGUUGGUAUAGGGCAAACUACAGCAUGGCAGAACAUCUUGAUUGGGGUCGAAAUCAAGGAACUGAGUUUGUUACAUCACCUUGCAAUCUUUGGAAGGGGGCAUACCGGUGCAACACAACACAAUUAUCUGGUUGUACUUAUAAUAGGGAGGCAGAGGGUUACUGCCCCAUUGUGAGCUAUAGCGGAGACCUUCCUCAGUGGGCUCGCUAUUUCCCGCAAUCUAACAAAGGUGGACAGUCUUCAUUGGCUGAUUAUUGUACAUAUUUUGUGGCUUAUUCUGAUGGUUCAUGUACGGACACAAACAGUGCGCGGGCACCUGACAGAAUGUUAGGUGAAGUGCGAGGGGCCAGCUCUAGAUGUAUGACUUCAUCCUUGGUGCGUACGGGGUUUGUUCGAGGCUCAACGACGCAAGGAAAUGGUUGUUAUCAACAUCGAUGCAUAAAGAACAAACUAGAGGUUGCUGUGGACGGGAUCUGGAAGGUGUGCCCUGAAGGUGGUGGACCAGUGCAAUUUCUGGGUUUUAAUGGAGAACUUAUUUGCCCUGCAUAUCAUGAACUAUGUAGCAUUAGUGAUGCACCAAUAUCCAUUAAUGGCCAAUGCCCUGGAUCAUGCCGCUAUAAUGGUGAUUGUAUUGAUGGGAAGUGUCGGUGCUUUCUUGGUUUUCAUGGCCACGACUGCAGUCAGCGAACCUGCCCUGGUGACUGUAAUGGCCAUGGAAAGUGUAACUCUAAUGGGGUCUGUGAAUGUGAAGAUGGGCACACUGGCAUUGACUGCUCAACUGCGGUUUGUGAUGAGCAAUGUAGCUUGCACGGUGGUGUAUGUGACAAUGGUGUAUGUGAGUUUCGGUGCUCUGACUAUGCUGGUUACACGUGCCAGAAUACAUCAACGUUGUUUCCAAGCCUUACAGUGUGCGGGGAUGUUCUUGCUCGUGAUGCAAUGGGCCAACAUUGUGCACCUAGCGAACCAAGCAUAUUACAACAGCUUGAAGCUGCUGUUGUUAUCCCCAAUUAUAACCGGUUGAUACCUAACGGUCACACGAUUUUCAGCAUCCUUGACAAUGGGUACUGUGCUUCAGCUGCAAAGCGGCUAGCAUGUUGGAUAUCCAUUCAAAGGUGUGACAAAGAUGGUGACAACCGCCUUCGUGUUUGCCAUUCAGCUUGCCGAUCGUACAACGCAGCUUGUGGGGCUGGCCUUGAUUGCUCAGAUCAAACUUUGUUCAGUAAUGAGGAAGAAGGCGAAGACCAAUGCACGGGUUUUGGAGAGAUCAAGCCAUGGUGGGUUCGGAGAUUUAGGUACUUCUCCUAGGAUUUCACAUGAAACCCAUAAUGUAACUUUAUGAAGAAGUUAAAAAUGUAUGUAAAGUUAGGGUUAGGGCUAGGGUUAGCAUUAGAAUUAGCAUUAGAAUUUUGAAGUGCAUGAAAUUUAGCACAUAGGGUUUCUUUACCCAUGCAUCCUUGAAAGUUGAGGAUGUGGGUGAUGGCCUUUUUGGUUUCUUAGGUUUGGGCUUUUUAAUCACAGCCCAGAAAGAGGGAAGGAAGUGCUUGUCAAGGAGCCAAAAGGUGGCUCAUGUAUGUUGUUUUGUUAUGUAUUGAGUGUUUAUCUUGAGCCUCUUGUAUUUAACACAGCUGAAUGUUGUGCUUUAUGACAAGUUUUAUCCCAUGAGCUAUGGCUAAAAGUAGCCAUGAGCAAAAUGAUUUAUAUUCUGAGCAGAUUGAAUCUUGCAUAAA